AUGAAGAUUGGCAACCCCCUCUCCCCCCGCCACGGGCGGUUUGAGAUGGAGGAAAAGGGUCGGAGCGUUCGCGUCUCGAGCGCCCGGGCUGGCGCACCGCCCCUGGCACCCUCUGCAACCCUGCCCCGUUUGUGUCUUUACGGCGCGUCUCCAGAUGAAUGCUCUUUGGGGGAGUUCUGUGGCUUGACAACGGAGAAGAGCCCUCUGGUUGCACCUGGCGUUCACGCAGCGGGUCUCGCCCUGGCCGGGACAGGACUUCCCAUCGCCGCAGGACGCCCGGAGAGGGCCUGGCCUGAGCUGCAGGGAACCGACUGCGUGUUGCCCGGGGGUCGUCCCUGGGACCAGGCCUGGUCAGUCCGGAGCGCCGGGGCACAAGCGAAGGGCUUCAAGCGGGAGCGGGGGUGCCUGCUGCUGCCCAGACCAUGCAGGUGGGGACGCGGAGGCUGCCUGGCGCGGCCGCUGCAGCUCUGCGCUCCGACGGCUGCCGGCCGCUGCUCCGCACCGCUCUCCGCGCCCGGGGGCCGGUGGAGGGCUGCAGAGGCGGCGCAAAUCCUCGCAGCUGCCCCUGCCCCGGCCCGCGAGUGUCACUGUCGACCUUUGGGGGAACGCAGGCCCCACUUGGGCCUCGGUCUGUUCCCAGAUGUCCCGGCUGCGGGCGCAACCAUCCGAGCGCCGCCCGGCGACUGUAACGCAGCGGGCGGCCCCGGGACGGGCCCCCCGAAGCGACUCGGUGCGUUCCUCCGGACCUUUAAAGGGACCCCGGUUCCCGUUGAAGCCUCCUUCUUCCCUCCCCCAGGCCGCGCCUCCUCUGUCAACCUCCAGGACCCCAAAGCGAUCCAGUAACCUGGAAGACCAAGAGGCGGGAAAUGCUAUCUUGGAAAACUGAACUGU